CCCCAACGCUUCUAAAUGGAAAGAAACCAGAAGCAUUGGAGAAACCAGUUUCCCAGAUUCUGGUUCACGCCCUCAGGCGCGAUGACAGAAAGUCAAGUGGAUGAACCCCUAAGCCAGGAGACCUUUCGGGAGCUGUGGAACCAGAUCAGCCAGAAAUCGGGAUUUACCUGUUUUAUCGCAUUGUCCUGCGUUCAUGAGCUGGUGGUGAAUUGUUCCCCUGGCCUGGGGGCCUCUGGGUUUGCUGUCACUCUUCUCCCUGUGUGCCUUUGUCUGACGGAGCUCAAAGCUGCGAUUUCUCUCCUUUGCGUGACUAUGCUGUCGCCUGGCGCUGUUCUCCUGCUGCCAGUGGUCAGCCGUGAGCCUGGCGACGGUCCAGGCCAUUCCGCGAUUCCCGAUGUGCAGCACCGCCGCGGGGAGACGACCCAGAGCGAACACCAGAUCCUCCCUCUCCCCUGGACGCGGUACUCCACCAUCCUGAACAAACUCUUCUGCCAGCUGGCCAAGACGUGCCCAGUCCAGGUCCGAGUGGCGUCAGUUCCACCCCCGGGCACCCUGCUCCGUGCCACUGCCGUUUACAAGAAGCCAGAGCACGUGGCCGAGGUGGUGAGGAGAUGCCCGCAUCACGAACGCAGCUCGGAGAACGAUGACGGCCCUGCCCCUCCGAGCCACCUGAUCCGAGUGGAGGCCAGCAGCCAGGCACACUACGUGGAGGACAAGGACACCAAGCGGCAGAGCGUCAUCGUACCCUACGAGGCCCCGCAGGUAAGCGGAGAGUGUCUGACUGGGUUUCCUUGUGCCCUCUCUCUCUGUGUGUGUGUGUGUGUCUGUGCGCGUGCGUGCAGUGGGCAGCUGCUCGGCCGAAGGUGUUUCGAGGUGCGAGUGUGCGCCUGUCCCGGCCGCGAUCGGAAAAGCGAGGAGGAGAAUCUGAAGAGACAGCAGGAGAACGUGGCUGUGAAAUCUGGCAGCACUGCCACCAAACGCUCCAUCGUGGAGGUUUCCCAGGGGACCACAUCCCCUCAGCCCAAGAAGAAGAAGGUGCCGAUGGACGAAGAGGUCUUCACUUUACAGGUAAAGGCACGGUCAGGG